CGUCCGCUGCAUCCCUCUUCCCUCCUCCGUCUCCUCUCUCUCUCUCUCUCUCUCUCUCUCUCUCUCUCCCUCUCCCUCUCCCAGACGACUGGGCCGCCGCCGCCCUAGGCCAGGUGCUGAGGUUUUCCCUGGUCUCUUCGCCGGCGGCGAGCACCCACCAGAUGGCUCUGAAUGAUCGUCUGAACAAAUUUAAACAGCAGCAAGAGAGGUGCCAGAAUACUCUAUCUAGCAUUUUUGCAAGCCAGACUUCGAUUUCAACGUCAAAACAUGUUCCAGGGAUUCAACCAGUCAAUGCCCCAUUGGCUCCUAUAAAACCACUGCAUCCUAUUAAAUUCUCAAAUGAUACGGAAAGGCUGCAGCACAUCAAUUCAGUAAGGAAGUCUGCUGUGGGAGUACAGAUCAAGUUAGUGGUUGAACUGCUUUAUAAGACAAGGCAAUCAUUUACAGCAAAGCAAGUAAACGAAGCUACCUAUGUUGAUAUUCAUGGUAACAAGGCUGUAUUUGACAGCUUAAGGAAUAAUCCCAAAGUUUUAUUUGAUGGGACUCGUUUCUCUUACAAGCCAAAGCAUAUUUUGACAGGAAGAGAUGAAUUGCUUGGUUUGAUCAAGGAGAAAGAGUGUGGCCUUCCUGUUGAGGACAUCAAAGAUGCUUAUCCAUCUGUAUUGGAAGAUUUGCAGGCUCUGAAAGCAUCAGGUGAUGUCUGGUGGCUAUCAAGCACCCAGUCCCAGGAAGACAUGGCGUACUUUAACGACCCUCGAUAUAAUAUCACGGUCGACAAUGACCUGAAGGAGCUAUUCCUGAAGACAGAGCUGCCACGGGACAUGCUGGACGUUGAGAAGGAGAUAAAGAAGAGUGGCGAGAAGCCAAUGACCAACACGACCAAGCGGCGCGCAUUAGCCCAGAUCCUUGACGCUGCACCCAAGACCAAGACCAAGGGCAGCAAGAAGAAGCAGCGUCGCCUCACGGGGAAGAGCAAGGGGCUAACGAACAUACAUAUGCCGGAACUGUUCGAUGCUUGAGCCGUCGGCUGGCGCUAGCAAAUGGAGCACGAUACGGCCGAGCUGGCAAACGGUUUACAAGCGAUUUUUGUGCCAGAUUUAUGGUGCUUAACCGAGUGAACGGUAACACUAGUUCCGUUCCGUUAGGAUCUUUGAAUCGGGUAUCGAGUUACCGAUUCGCCCAAUUUUUUAGUCCAGUUGACAUGUUCUUUUUCUUUUGAGUCGCUUUAGCAAACGAGACGUAAUGAAAAUAUUUGUGCAGUGCUCUAAUACUACACCCAGGAAAAGCGCAAUGGGCCUGAAGCCUGUUGGACACUCUGGACUGGUUUCGGGUUACAAGAAAUGGUGCUUAUUUUCGGUCCCGCUUUGAUUGGUUUGAGGUUA